AGUUCUCUGUAUAAACUCUUUAACUUAGUUGUCUGGCAUUAUCAUUAUCAUUCUGUGUGUGCAUUCGCAGAGAGAGUUGUUAAUCAUGGCUGCUUAUGGAGCUCUGGUUUCUCUUAUGCAUAUCAUAGAUACCCUCGAGAAACAUCCUUCCCCUCCCAUUUCUAUCAACCAAAAACAAGUUCAAUCCCUCACUCAAAACAUUACCUUCUUGCAGGAUUUUCUUGAUUGCUAUAUUUCCCCUUUUGCUGAGAGCCACGAAGCUGAUCCAUUGGAGCGUCGCAUUGCUGAUGCAGUUUACGCGGCUGAGGAUGUUAUCGAAUCCCAUAUUGUGGAUCAAAUUCACAGUGGAUCCACAAUCGUUUCAGAUCAUGACUUCUAUCACAAUCUACAGAAAGUGAUAGAAGAAAUGAAUCUGAUCAACAAAGAGGUGAAGAGCAUUGCAGUUGAAGCUCGGACCAAGCAGAAACCCGUUGUUGCCUUGGCGGCGUCUUCUCCUACUGUGAAAGAAAGCGUGAUCGUGGGCUCUAAAGAAGUGUUUUUUGAAGUUCUAGAUAAGCUCGCUGGAAAUCAACUCAACCUCCAAAUCAUCCCCAUCACGGGGAUGGGUGGCAUUGGUAAGACCACUCUUGCGAUGAAUCUAUUUGAGAAUGCAAUUGUUAAGUAUCGUUUUGAUAUUCGUGCUUGGACUACAAUUUCUCAAACUUAUAAUGUUAGAGAAACACUUAGAGAAGUUCUUUUUCGAGCAAGUGGACGAGAUUCAAGUAGUGACAUGAGUGAGAAUGAGUUGGGACAAAAACUAUACCAGUUUUUGUUCGGUAGGAGAUAUCUCGUAAUAAUGGAUGAUAUGUGGAGCAUAAAGGUGUGGGAGAAGAUAAAUUUUUUCUUUCCCGAUAACCAAAAUGGGAGUCGAAUAAUUGUAACAACUAGGCUAUCAGACUUGAGUUCUCAGUUGAACGAGUCUUGUAUAGUUGGCAUGAAAUUUCUAGAUGAGGCUAGUAGUUGGAAAUUAUUUUGUAAGACUGUGUUCGGGAAAGAAAGUUUUCCAAUUGAGUUGGAGAAUAUUGGAAAGAAUAUUGUAGCAAAUUGUAAAGGACUUCCUUUAUCAAUUGCUACAAUAGGAGGUCUUUUGGCAAAAUCUGAGCGCACAAAAGAAUGUUGGGAGCAUAUAGAGCAAAAUUUAAAUUCAAUUGUUAUUAACAGUGACGAUGGAUUUUGCUUGAAAAUAGUGAGGAUGAGCUAUAUCUAUCUGCCGAACUAUUUAAAGCCAUGCUUUUUGUAUAUGGGUUUUUUUAAGGAAGAUUACCGUAUUCGUGUGUCAAUGCUAGAGAAGUUAUGGGUUUCUGAAGGAUUUUUAAAACCAAGGAGUGGAAAAUGUUUGGAAACACUUGCACGAGAGUAUUUUAUGGAAUUGGUUGAUCGAAAUCUCGUUUUAGUUGAUGAACUGGGGUCUAUUGGAAACGUUAAGUAUUGUAAAAUUCAUGAUUUGGUGAGAGAUUUGUGUUUAAAAGAAGCUGAAAGGAAAGAUUUUACCAUGUCAUAGGAGAUGAUCCUCCGGCCAGUAUUAGCGAACGUCGAGUCGUUCUUAAAACUGCAGGGUUGCUAGGAUCUCUGUCACAUGCUCGUUGCAUAAUAUGUGAGUAUGACAAAAGAGCAAUUGGUGUUCAGAAAUUUCUGCCGUCUCGCGAUCUUAGAUUGUUGAGGACAUUCAGGGCAUGUAAGUUUGAGAGGUAUUUCCUAGAAAAUGUGGUUGAAUUGGUGAACUCACGGUACCUUGAUAUCAGUGUUCAUGAUGAGUCCAGAUUCUCUAGUUCAAUUGAUCUACUUUGGAAUCUACAGACAUUGAUUAUUCGUUCAUAUUCUCGGAAAGAUCGUCAUGUACCAAAUGAAAUUUGGAAACUACAUCAACUUCGGCGUCUUGAAUUUCCGCUGUACGGAUUGAUUCUCCCAAAUCCUGCUAGUGAGGAUAGUGAGAUUGUCAUUAUGGAGAAUCUGCAAACACUGAAAGGAGUUGAGGAUUUGUUAUUGAAUGAGGAGGUGGUUAAAAGAAUCCCCAAUGUGAAGAAAUUGCAUUUAGCAUACCUUUCGGAUCAAAUGGAGGGAGAAAACUGUAUAAGCUAUCUUCAAUACUUCAGUAAAUUGGAAAGCUUAUACUGCUGCACCUUUAGGCAAACUGUUGACUUUUUGCUGAGGAUUAAUUUUCCCAACUCUAUCAAGAAAUUGGUUGUUGAAAACAUUUCUGGCACAAAGUUGGAAGACAUAUUGCCUAAAAUCGGUUCGUUACCUCUUCUUGAGAAGCUCAUAUUAACAGAUGGUGUCUUCAGAACCGGCAAGUGGGAAACAAUUGAAGGCCAGUUCCAGAAGCUCAAGUUUCUUAAGUUGGUGGCUUGUAGAUUGUGUCAGACAGCUCCCACUUUCCACUUCUCCAGAAGCUUAGUCUAGAUCAUUUAUCUGAACUCGAGGAAAUCCCAUCUGAAGUUGGAGAAAUAGCAACGCUGAAAUCGAUUUCAUUGUAUCAAUGCAGUGAAGCAGCUGUGGCGUCAGCGAAAAAGAUAGUAGAAGAACGUGAGGAUCUAUAUGGAGAGCAAUUAGACCUUCAUGUGGAUCUAGCAUGGUAAACAUUGGACUGCAAAAGAGUGUUGUUUGCUUCCUCUCAUUGUGGAGCUGAGUGAGGCCGGAGCCGAGGGAGAAUGGCCGGAGAUUGGUGGCGCCGUGGAGGUAGUCGACGGCGGCGGCAGCCGCGGAGGGAGAUUCUUCCAUGGCUAUAAACAAAUGUUUAUUUGUAUUUAAUUUUUUGUUGUUUUAGUGAUGUUAGUGAUAUGAUUUUGAAUUUAUUUUAUAAACGAAACUUUGUUAGAGACUAUUUUUUGUGUAGUAUUUUGUGUUCAUGAUUUUUAGAAGAUAAAAUUUUCUAUUUCUAACU